CUCCAUAUAAAAGCGGGAAGCAGGACGACAGCUUCUAAAAGAGAAAGAGCAGACAACAACUCAUAUGGUGGUGGAAUAACUCUGAAAACCUAAAGUGAACAGAUCAGAAAAUGUGUAAAGGAUUAGCUGCCCUGCCCCAGACAUGCCUGGAAAGGGCUAAGGAGAUCAAGACUAAAUUGGGAACUCUGCUUCAGAAGCCAGAGAAUUCCAUCGACUUUAUUAUCCCCUACCAAGAAAAGCCUGAGAAGAAACCAGAGAAGCUUCAGAAACCCACACCUGAAGAAGCAGCCCAGUGGCGUGAGUCCCUUGAUAAGUUCCUUUCCAACAGCUACGGCCUGGCCACCUUCAAGAGCUUCCUCAGAUCUGAGUUCAGCGAGGAAAAUAUUGAGUUCUGGGAGGCUUGUGAGGACUUCAAAAAGACCAAGUCCCCCCUGAAAAUGGCCAUCAAAGCAAAUAAGAUUUAUGAGGACUUCAUUCAGACUGGUGGGCCCAAAGAGGUGAACAUCGACCACUUCACCAAAGAUGUGACUCUGAGGAACCUGGUGGAUCUUUCUCCCUCCACUUUCGAGCUGGCUCAGAGCCGGAUCUACACCCUGAUGGAGAAAGACUCCUUCGGUCGGUUCCUGCGGUCUGAGCAGUACCAGGAACUCCUCAAGUAAACUGACUUGUCCAGCUGCAGGGGGACUCAGCUCUUUGGUCACAAAUUCAUAUCAUUUUACUCAAACUAACAGUCUUUAAUAUACAUUUCUGACACUCAUUAAACUCAUUAAACAAUACCACAGUUGUUUAUUUGGUAAAAGUGGAAAACACCAGGCACAGUUGCAAUGUCUCCCUGCAGCUGACUGAACUGGCCCACUGCUAACAAGAACAUCUUAAUAUAAAUUGUUCAAAUUAAUAUGAUUCCUGCCCAGUGCUCUGAAUGUCAAAGUCAAGAACUUCAAUAAAAGAAGUGGAUUAGGGCUUAAGAGACAGUAUGCAUUGCUCCUUAUAAAAAUGUGAUUUGUCUUUAGCAAUCAUUUAAUUUGUACAAGUGCAAAAUCCAAGGGUUUUAAGCGCCUCUUAAAAUAUUGUAUAUAUAAUGUCCUAUUAAUUGGAAUCAUACUCUUUUCUGAUCCCUGUAGGCUAAAUAAAGACUAAAACUGAUCCCGGCUUGUAAUUUAUGGCUUUUCGGAUAAGUGCAGAAGUGGUUCAUGUACUUGUGAUGAGGAUGUUCUGACGCAAGCAUCUAAACAGCAAGGGGAAGAGGCUAGGGAAUGGGAAUGGGAGAGUGUGGGCUUUUUCUUGGAAAUGUCUGUGUUGACAUUAAAAUGCCCAAAUGGUAAACCAAAGGAAAUCAUUGUGAAACAACCCACUAAGUACUGAAAGCUUCACUGUAAAACAAAGCUAACAAAAAAAAAAAAGUGUGACGUUAAGAUUCACUCCAGUCUCUGGGAACUUGUUGUUUGGGCUACCUUUGUUGAAAGUUGCUAAAAUGGGAAUAUCAAGUAGGAGGGAAUCUCUAUAAAGCACUGGGCACAUAAUCUUUUAUUCUAAAGGAAAUGUUUAUUCCCAUGCCACUUUAAAAGCAGAACACAUUUAGAUGAAGUCAUCGACUUUUUCAACUUCUUACAGCAACCAUUUAUCACAAUAACAUAAAUAUAUACACACUGUAAUACCUAUAAACUAUUAUACUCUAAACAAGAAUGAUUAUGGCAAAAUGUUAUUGAAGUUAACAUCUAUUAUUUGCCCUUAGCAUGUGCAGACAGUCGUGAGUUGUAAGUCAAGUUAUUGCAGACAGAACGGCAUAUCAAACAUAUGUAACCCACAAGUGUGAUAUUCAGUGUCCUUUUGCAUGUUUUUAUUUAAAGUGUGUUUCACAGAAACAUAUACUUUUGCAUGUUUCUUUAUUAUACUGUGUGUAGCUAUGUCACUAAAUCUAAUUACAUUUAUUCUUAUUAUGAGCAGUGGUAGGUGCCUCCAGAAGUCCUUACUGAUGUUCCAAAAACAAAGUGUUUUGGACACUGCAAGACAGGUUUAGUAUAAUAUGGCCAUCAAUAACUGGACAUCACCAACUAAAUUCAAGAUAAACUGAAUUAAUUCCACAAGAAUUUUAAGAGCAGUAACAGCUCUUUAGUUCAUAAAAAAUACACAUAUUUUAAAAAUCAGAUUUUUUGUUUUUGUUUUUCUUUUUGGCUAAAAAAAAUAAGGGAAUUGUCAAAAUCAUCAGUAGGGACUGACAGAGUACCUUGCUUAUACAAGAAAUCUGCAUAAAACUAUAUGCAUGUAUGUUUGUAGUUGAUCAUAUAAAAUCAAUAAUCACAUUAAAGUUCUGAAGAUUUAA